AAUUCUGUCGUUUCACGAACCACAGUAUUCCUCAUGUAUAAAAGGCCGCCCCACCGACGUCCGACACUCUUCGUCUCGAACGGAGAGUUGAUGGAAGCCAAGAGGAAGAAGCUAACGUAAUACUGCUUUCACUUUUGGGAAAAUCUAUGAUGGGUGAUGCUUCAGCUCAGGAUUUGGUAAGCGAUUUGCCUCAAAGCAUUAUAGAAAACAUCCUAGAGCGCCUACCCCUGAGAGAUGCAAUAAGAACUAGCAUUCUUUCUACCAAAUGGAGAUAUAAAUGGUCUACGCUUACUCAGCUUGUAUUUGAUGAAAAGUGUGUCUCUCAGGCAAAUGACCCUAGGUCAGUUGAGCUCCAAUUGGUGAAAUUUGUCACUCAAGCUCUGUUUCUUCACCAGGGACCGAUUCACAAGUUCCAGCUUUCUACCUCAUACUUGCAAUGCCGGCCAGAUAUAGAUCAGUGGUUGCUUUUCCUUUCAAGGAAUGAUAUCAGAGAAUUAGUUCUUGAAUUAGGGGAAGGAGAAUGGUUUAGAGUACCUUCAUGUCUUUUUAGUUGUAAAAAACUGAUCCGCUUGGAUCUUUGUCGUUGUGAAUUUGAUCCACCUCCUAGUUUCAAAGGGUUCUUGUACUUGAGGAGCCUCAAUCUUCACCAGGUGUUGGUUGCUCCUGAGGCAAUCGAAAGUCUUAUAUCCAGUUGCCCUCUGCUUGAGAGUUUAGCUAUAUCAUACUUUGAUAGUUUAGUUCUUAAUAUUCGCGCUUCAAAUCUCAAGUAUCUGUCACUCGAAGGUGAGUUCAAAGAUAUUUUUCUUGAAGAUACGCCAUGCUUAGUUGCGAUAUCCGUCGCUAUGUAUAUGACUGAUGAUAUUGCUGAGCAUUUUGAGCAAAGUUCAAAUUGCAAUUUUAUCAAAUUUCUUGGUAGAGUACCUCACCUGCAGAGACUUAUUGGCCAUAUCUACUUCACAAAAUAUUUGAGCAUUGGUAAUGACCCUGGAGAACUUCCCAUUACAUAUAGUCAUCUAAAAUUUAUAGAACUAAAUCAAGUGAGUUUUGAAGACAUGAAGGAGGUGUUAGUUGUUGUUCGCUUAGUUACCCACUCUCCUAACUUGAGAGAACUUCAGAUUUCUGGUUCCUCAAACACAUUGGCAGGUAUAGAAGCACCUGAUUUGGAAUUUUGGAACGAUACUUGGCCUUCAAAUUGCACACUGGCCAAACUUCAAGUUGUAAAGAUGACAGAUUUAUUUGGUGUGCCCAGUGAGAUGGAAUUUGCCAAGUUUUUGCUUGAGAACUCCCCAGUGCUUGAGACAUUGAGCAUCACUCCUUCGGCAUAUGUUACCAAGGAUGGAAGAAUAGAUAUGUUGAUUGAGUUUGUGAGGUUUCGGCGUGCUUCUCCCCUUGCAGAGGUUAUAUUUACUGAAGAUUGAGGGAUUGUUUGGUCCUUGUAAAGUUCCUCUCUUCUCCUUUCUAAGGUUUUCUCCACCCUUUUUUCUUCAGCGGGCAGGGACUCCAUUGCACAGUUUGCCUUCCAGUUCCUUUUUAUCAUUUCUAUGUGAACUAAUAGCUUUAUUAGUCCAUAAAAUCUGACCAUUGACCAUAUUCUUUCAAUGAAAAUAUUCAUUUGAGGGUCCUGUCCUUUACUGCUCA